AUGGGUUCUCCUCGUGUUAGUUAUCGUAUUGAAGGGGCAUUUUUCAUUAUCAGUUUUACUGAUCCAAGAUAUUUGAAUUCCCUGAGUUUUGAUGACUUUAUCUAUAUCUCUGAACUAUUGGAAAAAGCUGACAAGGAUGACUCAAUAUUGUAUACAGUUUUUCAAAGUAGUGGCAAGUUUUUCUCUGCCGGGUUCAAAUUUGAUUCUAUUGCAGAAUUUGGUGAAAUUAAAAAGGAGAAAAAUCCAUUAAGACAAUUAUCUUUAUUAUUUGGGACAAUAUCUUCUCAAAAUGUACUAGUGGCAGACAGAUUUUUAAAGCAUAGAAAAAUUUUAAUUUGUUGUUUAAAUGGUCCUGCAAUUGGACUUGGCGCUGCUUUAGUUAUGCUUUGUGAUAUUGUGUACUCUAUGACUGAUUCAGUUUACCUAUUAUUCCCAUUCAGUAACCUGGCAUUUGUCACAGAGUUGAGUUCAAGUAUUACAGUGGCUAGAAAAUUAGGCCAUAGUUGCGCAAAUGAACAUUUGAUGUUUAGUACACCUAUAACAUAUAAUGAACUUUUUGAUAAAAAAGUAAUUGUUAGGAAUUAUAAAAUGGAUGAUACUGACGAGUUUAAUAAGAAAGUUAUUGCGGAUCUUCAAAAACAGGCGAAGCAGUUGCACCCAGAUAGUAUCAUUGGGAUUAAAAAUACAAUCAUGACGGGAGAGUAUGGUCGUUUGUUGAAGUUGUCACAGGCAAAUGAAAGUACUACAACAUUCCCAUUUUGGGUAGAUGGUCAUCCUCAAAAGAGAUUUCAACAAAUGAAGAAUAAAGAGAGAAGACACAAAUUAUGA